CCCGCCCCUCGUCUCCUCCAAGAUGGCGAGCAGUGGCAGCAGUGGGGGGGCAUCGGUGCCGGCCUUGUGGAGUGAGGUGAACCGUUAUGGCCAGAACGGCGACUUCACGCGCGCUCUCAAGACCGUCAACAAGAUACUGCAGAUCAAUAAGGAUGAUAUAACUGCCCUGCACUGUAAGGUAAUAUGUCUUAUUCAGAAUGGAAGUUUCAAGGAAGCCUUGAAUGUCAUCAAUACUCACACCAAAGUGUUAACAAAUAACUCACUGUCCUUUGAGAAGGCAUAUUGCGAGUACAGGCUAAACAGAAUUGAGAAUGCUUUGAAGACGAUCGAAAAUGCCAACCAGCAGUCAGACAAACUAAAGGAGCUUUAUGGACAAGUGCUAUACCGCUUAGAACGCUAUGAUGAAUGCCUAGCUGUGUAUAGAGAUCUAGUCCGAAAUUCCCAAGAUGAUUAUGAUGAAGAAAGGAAAACAAACCUUUCUGCAGUUGUUGCAGCUCAAAGCAAUUGGGAAAAAGUGGUUCCAGAGAACUUGGGCCUCCAAGAAGGCACACAUGAACUGUGCUACAAUGCUGCUUGUGCACUGAUCGGACAAGGCCAGUUGAACCAGGCAAUGAAAAUCCUACAAAAAGCUGAAGAUCUUUGCCGCCGUUCAUUUUCAGAAGACUCUGAUGGGACUGAGGAAGACCCACAGGCAGAACUGGCCAUCAUUCAUGGUCAGAUGGCCUAUAUUCUGCAGCUUCAGGGUCGUACAGAGGAGGCUCUGCAACUUUACAAUCAGAUAAUAAAACUAAAGCCCACUGAUGUGGGACUGCUAGCUGUAAUUGCAAAUAACAUCAUUACCAUUAAUAAGGACCAAAAUGUCUUUGACUCCAAGAAGAAAGUGAAAUUAACCAAUGCAGAAGGAGUAGAAUUUAAGCUUUCCAAGAAACAACUACAAGCUAUAGAAUUUAACAAAGCUUUACUUGCUAUGUACACAAAUCAGGCAGAACAAUGCCGAAAAAUAUCUACCAGUUUACAGUCUCAAAGUCCAGCACAUCUCCUUCCUGUGUUAAUCCAAGCAGCCCAACUCUGUCGUGAAAAGCAGCACACAAAAGCAAUAGAGCUGCUUCAGGAAUUUUCAGAUCAACAUCCUGAAAAUGCAGCUGAAAUUAAGCUCACCAUGGCACAAUUGAAAAUUUCUCAAGGUAAUAUUUCCAAAGCAUGUCUAAUAUUAAGAAGCAUAGAAGAGUUAAAGCAUAAACCAGGAAUGGUAUCUGCACUAGUGACCAUGUAUAGCCAUGAGGAAGAUAUUGAUAGUGCUAUUGAGGUCUUCACACAAGCUAUCCAGUGGUAUCAAAACCAUCAGCCUAAAUCUCCUGCUCAUUUGUCCUUGGUAAGAGAAGCUGCAAACUACAAGCUCAAAUAUGGGCGGAAAAAGGAGGCAAUUAGUGACCUGGAACAGCUAUGGAAACAAAAUCCAAAAGAUAUUCACACCCUGGCGCAGCUUAUUUCUGCUUACUCGCUUGUAGAUCCAGAGAAAGCAAAAGUUCUUAGUAAACACUUGCCCUCUUCGGAUAGUAUGUCUCUGAAAAUAGAUGUCGAUGCUCUUGAAAAUUCUCCUGGUGCUACAUACAUUCGGAAGAAGGGUGGAAAAGUUACUGGAGAUAGUCAACCAAAGGAACAAGGACAGGGAGAUCUGAAAAAGAAGAAGAAGAAAAAGAAGGGAAAGCUGCCUAAGAAUUAUGACCCAAAAGUCACCCCAGAUCCAGAAAGGUGGCUACCAAUGAGGGAACGCUCUUACUAUCGAGGAAGAAAGAAGGGUAAAAAGAAGGAUCAGAUUGGAAAAGGGACACAGGGAGCUACUGCAGGAGCUUCAUCUGAACUAGAUGCCAGUAAAACUGUGAGCAGCCCACCCACCUCCCCCAGGCCUGGCAGCGCCGCGACAGUAUCUGCCUCUACAAGUAACAUCAUACCCCCAAGACACCAGAAGCCUGCGGGGGCUCCAGCAACCAAAAAGAAGCAGCAGCAGAAAAAGAAAAAAGGAGGAAAAGGUGGCUGGUGAUUAAAAUGUUCUUGUUGGAGGCUGUUUUUAAACUAGUGACACUAGGAACGUAAUAAAGGUAACACAGCAAGAAGCACAGAACUGCUCUCUUCCAUCCCCACAUUUUCAUAUAAUAAUUUCUUAAGCAUCCAGUAGGAAAAUAUCUUCUUCAAACUGCAUAGUCAGACUUGGCCAACUUGUACCACCUAGCUUUCGGAGUGUGAGGACUGAACAUGAUUGGGUGGCUACCUACCUAGGUAUCUGUUGCAUCCUUUAUCUUUGUGUGCUGAUUCAUUUUUUCCUUUUUACAAAUAAGGCAGGUUAUAUGAUUUCCCAGGAUUUAAAAAGAAACUUCCUACUGUUUUAACUGGAGUCUAAAACACUUGUUCCUAUUUAUGUCCCACUUUAAAUUAUGUCUUAAGGAGGCCCUAAGCGACUAAAAGUAACAUCUUCUAAGCAUUCCAAAUAUUUGUUUAGAAAUAUCAUGUGAUGAAAGGGACCUUAGUAAGAACCAGUAACAUUCUCCACUUAAUGUAACCACAAAAAGACCAAACUAAAUGUCUGAAUUUUAACCGUGCAUUUUCUGGCAUGUGAUACUGGAAUGUGGGCUAUUUUAUUUAUAUAUGAAAAGUAUUAUAUGGUCCUUUCUGUCCCUAAUCAUUUUCAGAUUAUGUUAAUAUGCUGAUUCAGCAGCACCAUUGAAGACCUCAAAACAAACAAACAAAAAACUCCAUCAAUGUUACAAGUAGUUGACUUUUAGACCUAGUGGUCUGAAGUCAGAUGAGUUUGAACUGUCAAUCAGAAAGAUAUAAUGGCCCCUAUCAAAAACACAGACAUUGACUUCAUUAUGUAAAGAGGAAACAGUAUCAGGCAGUAUUAAAAUUUAAUGAGUGUUUGGCCCAAUUAAUUGCUACUCAAAUGGCUCUUUUUUCUAUUUACUGGCUAUAACCAUUCAUUGCCAUUCUCAAAGUGAUAAAUGUAUUUUACAGUUGGUGUGUGAUGUAAAUGCUGCUCAUGUCUUUCCUUGCUUACAAGCCACCUUCACAUUCUACAUCUGAGACACACAUUGGGAUGCAUACCCUUGUUUAGUAUUCAUUUUAUGCUGCCCAAGAUACCAUUUACUUUAGAAUUCUAUUUCCUUGUGAUCAGAUUACUCUGUUCUUGUUAAUAAAGUGCUGCUGUGUUUGACUGAACAUA